GUGGCGGGGCCAGCGGAGAAGGAUGCGUGUCUUCCCGUGGGGAUUUUGGCUGCUGUGUGUCGCCUCCGCCCCGGCUCGCGGUGACAGCGGCAGCAAGGCGAGGAGCUGCGCCGAGGUCCGGCAGCUGUAUGGAGCCAAGGGCUUCAGCCUCAGCGGCGUGCCCCAGGCCGAGAUCUCCGGGGAGCACCUGCGGAUCUGCCCACAGGGCUACACCUGCUGCACCAGCGAGAUGGAGGAGAACUUUGCAAACAAAAGCCGAAGUGAAUUUGAAGCCAUGAUGAAGGAGGCUGGUCGCUCUGUGCAGGCCAUCCUAACAGCACAGCACAGGAGCUUUGACAGUUAUUUCCAGGAUUUGUUGAACAAGUCAGAGAAGGCCCUUUAUGAUGCCUUUCCAAGCCUGUACGGAGAGUUGUACACUCAGAACGCGAAGGUGUUCAAGGACUUGUACAGCGAGCUGCGCCGCUACUACCGCAGCUCCAACAUCAACCUGGAGGAGGCCCUCAACGAGUUCUGGACACGGCUGCUGGAGAGGCUCUUCAAGCUGCUGAACCCCCAGUACCACAUCACAGACGAGUACCUGGACUGCAUGGUCAAACACGCCGAGCAGCACAAGCCCUUCGGGGAGGUGCCCCGGGAGCUGAAGCUGAAGGCGACGCGAGCCUUCAUCGCAGCGCGCUCCUACGCGCAGGGCUUCCUGGUGGGCAGCGACGUGGUCAGAAAGGUGUCCCAGGUGUCCCUCAGCCAGGAGUGCACCCGCGCCAUCAUGAAGCUGAUGUACUGCCCGCACUGCCGCGGCAUGGCCAGCGUGAGGCCCUGCAACAACUACUGCCUGAACGUCGUCAAGGGCUGCCUGGCCAACCAGGCCGACCUCAGCACCGAGUGGAAGUACCUCAUGGAUUCCCUCAUGGGGGUGGCCGACCGCAUCGACGGGCCCUACAACGUGGACACUGUCAUUGGCACCAUCCACAUGAGGAUUGCUGAAGCCAUCUCCAACCUGCAGGAGAACAAGGAUUCCAUCACAAGCAAGGUGUUCCAAGGCUGUGGAAAUCCCAAAAUCAGCACAAAAGGCUCCAGUAGUGAGGACAAGAAGAGACGGGGGAAAGUGACAUUGGAAGCCAAGUCCUCUGCCCAGGCCCUGGAGAUGCUGGUUUUAGAUGCCAAAGGGAAUCUGACAGCUCUCAAGACAUACUGGAUCACCCUGCCCAGCAGCCUGUGCAGCAAAAAAGUAAUGGCCAGCUCAGCUUCAGAUGACAAAUGUUGGAAUGGGAUGACCAAGGGCAGUUACCUGCCCGAGGUGAUGGGGGAUGGCCUGGCUAACCAGAUUAACAACCCAGAGGUGGAGGUGGACAUCACCAAGCCAGACAUGACCAUCCGCCAGCAAAUCAUGCAGCUCAAGAUCAUGACAAACCGCCUGGGCAACGCCAACAUCGGCAACGAUGUGGAUUUCCAGGACACCAGUGACGACAUGAGCGGCUCCGGGAGCGGGGACAGCUGUCCUGAUGACGUCUGUGGCAAAAGACUUUCUAAGAGCCCCAGCACCAGGCAGCCAGAAACACACGCCAUUCCUAAGCAGUCCGGACACGGCGUCCAUGGGGCCGGCAGCAGAUCUUUGCCUUCUGCCUCCCUCCUCCUCCUCCUCCUCUGGCUGGCUGCCAUCGCCCCGCAGCACUUGUGGCGGUAACUCGCUGGCACAGCCAGGACACAGACUGCGGCUGAGGGCUUCACUUUGCCAAAACCAACAACCAACAACCAACCAACCAAAGGACGUAUUUAAUUCACCUUGGCAAAAAAAAAAAAAAAAAAAAAAAAAAAAAAAAAAAAAAAAAAAAAAAAAAAAAAAAAAAAAAAAAAAAAAAAGGAAAAAAAAAGGAGGAGAAAAAGGUUUUCAGAAGGUUUCAGUUGUUUGCUAUUUCUGGCAGUGCUCGAGCUGUUUUCUUCUUUCUAGGUCUUUCCCCAAUGCUGGGCCCUUCUUUCCAUACCUCAUUGUUUUACUUUUGUUAUAGCCACAACCUGGCUCCUGGGGCUGGAGCCGGCCUCUGCAGAGGGCUCCGGAGAGCCGGGCCGAGCCCUCGCGGGCAGCUGUGCUGCUGCUCGGUGGAAUAUGCAAUUGCCCCGCCCCUGCCCCGCCUCGGCACGGCCGUGCUGCCUCAGGGGCUCGCUGGGCUCUUCCUCUGUGCUUCCUAGCUGGGCAGAGAUGGCCCUUCACCUCCGGUGGGCUACACAGGAGCGUGAGCAGCUUUGGUGGGUUGAACUGAACGAGUUUGGCAGCGGCUGUUGGACCCAAAAAUGCAGAACUCGCUUUUCUUUGGAAAGGUCACAAGUGGGUUUCUUGACUAGAGCUCGUAGCUGAGGACAAUUUGAAAUGUAGGUUUCCUACAUCUACGUGACUGGGAAUGAGUGUUAGGGGUUGGGGUUUGGGUACUUUUUCUUUGCAUGCUAGUUGGAAAGCCAUUUUUUACCCAAGUAACAAUGGUCCAGUUUGUACCUGCAGUGCAGUACCAUUGUAGGUAACAGAGAGAUGCAGAUGUGCACAGUGGGAUUCUCUGUGUGCCAGACAGCUGUGCUGCCUCCUCCUUCUCUGGCCCCAGCCAUAGACAGGAAUCCAGGUUUUUUUCUUGGUAAUGAGAGACAGCAGGGACAUUUUACUAACUGGAGCUUUGGGACUGGUUGUGCCCCUUCAAGCAGCUGCCUUAGGGCAGAGAGGGGCUGCUGGGGACCACCAUGGGCCAUACCCAGGGCACUGGCUCAGGGGGGAAUGUGAAAAAGGAAACAUUUUGUUUGGGAUUUCUUUUUACCUUUGGUGUUUGUUUCAGUUGUACUGUAGGUUUUUAAUGGAUUCCACUUUCCCUGUUCCUUCCCUACGAUCCAGUUCACCUUCCCUAACCCCUGCAGGCACGGGCUGAGCCAGCAGGUCAGACAGCCCUGGCAGCUCUGUUUGGGCUCAGGGGAGGGCCAGGCUCACCCUUUGCUCCCAUCCCACCACUCACAGCCUUUGGGUGAUGUGGCAGCUGCCCUAAGCCCAAAUUGCUCUGUGGGGUGGGCUCUGGGCCAGGUGUGAGACUGGGGGUAGUGGGUGAAGUUACAAAUGUCCUCCUGUGGCUGUAGGAGUGUCUGUGCUUGUUAGGGCUCUGUGCUGGGGCUUCCAGAGGCUUCUGUGCCUGCUGAGCAGCAGGCCUGGGCUGGAGCCCCAGGUGUGGCAGGGGCUGGUACAGCACAGUCCCUGUGGCUGCCUGGGCCAGCAGCACUCCCAGCUUGGGUUUGAGCUCAGGUUUGUGCUGGGCUGAGAGGGAGGGCACAGCUGGGCUGUCUCCUGCUUUUGCACAGCAUCUCAGCAUUUCUGCUCUGUCGCCAGAGGAUAUGUGCCUUUGGGCUGAGCAAACAUUGGGGUUGGCCUUUGGCUGUUUUCUAAGAAAGGGGAAAAAAACCCCCAAUUUUUAACAUGAGCAGUUUCUGAAGUGUGCAAUUUAAGGAAAGAUGAGGACAUGAGCAAGGUAAUGCUGAAAGGCAGCUCAUUCCCUGCCCUCCCUGGGGCACUGAGGGUGCCUCAGAAUAGGCAGAGCUUUCAGGCCAGCUCUGCCAGCCUCUCCAAGCCACAGUGAUCGAUGUCACUGACUGUGCGUCCUUUCUGCCGCGGCCUCACCUCCCUGAAAGGCAAAAAUCCUCAUCUGCUUGGGUGUCAGAAAUGAACACUGGCUGCUGGACAAUGGCUGAAGGACAGACAGUGCCACUGCACCCCUCAGAAACCUGCAGAGGAUCAAUGUAAGCAGUGGUUUUGUCUAGAUUUAUUUACUGCUAGACAUGUGGCAAAUUCACAUGAUUUUUACUGCUCUAAAGAGUUCCUAUCUUUUCUUUUUAACUUUUUAAAUCAGAAUUGUAAUUAUAAAUUUAAUCUUCAGUUCCAACAAUCCCCACAACCAAUUCUGCAGAAGCUUUACAUCCAAAGGGAAAAAAAAAAAAAAACUGGGGGGGGGAGGGAGGAAAAAUUAAAACAUUGUAUUCUCAUCAAAACACGGCUGGGUUGGGGCUUUAACACGUGGAUGCUGAGGUCAGUGGUUUGCUUUGCAGAAUGGGAGCUUGAAAGUCACUUCCAUUUCUGUGCAAUUACUUUUUGCUGCCUGCCUGUUAUCCUCAAGAGCUUCUUAUGGGCCCCUUCACAUCUUAAAUGUGAAGCCAGGAAUUUACUGAUUAUCCAGUUAGUGUUUUAACAAUUUAAUAGCCCCAACUAGUGGUUCUGUUACAAGAUAAAAACCUGAUAGUGCAAAUUAAUAAGGCAAAACCUCGAAGAAGCAGUAAAAUCUGUUCUGCAGGGGAAACCCUUCCUGAAGCCUUCACCUGGGCUGGGGUUGAGCUGCCACCUCCACAUCCCUCGUGGCCCUUGCAGAGGCCAGGCCAGGUGAGGCAGGAGAGCAGCCUGAGGUGGGGCAGGGCAGGGCUCAGCCCCUCUGGGCCCGGCAGUGCUCACUGGUGGCCCUGUGGGUUCACUUUUCCAUCUGCCCAUGGUCAGCCCGCACUGCUGCUUUUUGCUGCUCCCUGGGUGCUCAGUGGUUCUGCUCUCCCCUGCCUUGAGGGUGUUUCCCCAGCUGCUGCCAUGAAGUGCCCUGGGGUUGUUUGGCUGUGCCGCCUUCCCCGGGAGCUGCAGUGGCUGAAAGCCCCCAGGAUAUCAACUCCAAACUAAAGCAAACUGAAACUCCUGCUGACUGAACUCCCACUGGUGUGGCUGAACAAGCUGAAAUCAACCCAGGUCCAGACAAGUCCCGAGCCUGUGGUUGGGCUGCUGCACAACCUGGGGCCUUUCAGUGCUUCUAAAUGACAUUUCCUGGGCUGCUGCCUGCUGGAAAACACUGUGACACCUCCCCGUGGCUGCUCUGGGCUGGCUGCAUGGGGGAUCUCUGAGCAACUGGGCUGGCUGGGACAAACAUUGCUCCCAUGCUGUCAGGAUGGUGAUAUCCAUCAUGUUGUGGUGUGAACAGGCUCAUACUUGGCAGGUGCAUGGAGGGGGUAGUGGUGUAGGAAAAAAUCUUUACAAAGGCCCAAUCCCUGGGAAGGGGAGAAAACCAUAAAUGGUGGAUUUCCAAGUGUCUCUGUCUUUCAGCCUGCUCUUUGUGCCAUAAUGUGUAUGUUUUAAACAAUGGUGAGGGUCUCGAAAGGCUUUGAGAGCACAGCUACUUCUCAUUUACAGAUGACAAGCUGCCUGUUGUUUUCUGGUGGGCUUGGUAGGGGCUAAGGUAUAGCAGAAUAUCUAAAGUCCACCUUUGCUUUAAACAGAUGCAUUUCUAUCUGCAGGAGUAAGAAUUAUUUCACUUAUCAGCAUAGCUGGACAGUUAUCUAUUUCUUUCUGUUACCAAGGUACUUGUAACUCUCUUGCACUGUUUAUCUAAAGUUGAAAUAUGUUCUUUGAAUCCUUGUAUAAAUAAAAAGGCUGGAGACAAAUCUGG